CUAAGCCAUCUUCAUUCCUCUUAAGUCGAUUGGAACGCGUGGAACGGUGGCGGAAUCGGUGCUGCGCGCGUUCAACCAACGAACGAUUUCAACGAGCGAACAAAGUUGUUUAUUAUUUCUCUACACACCCUUUGCCCGGGAUCCAAGUGUGCUGUGCGUGUCAUCGUUGGGUACGCGGAACGGAAGUGUACAGUGCAGUGCAUGGUGGUGGUUCUAUAAUUGGAAAAAAAACGGCAAGAGCUGCUAUCAGGGCGCCAAACGUGCAACAGACGCCCGAUAGUGGUGUGUCGAGGCGCCGCCAAGUGCAUUCAGCAUAUCGUCCGGCUGCACACUUUAUCAGUGCAGUUUAUGUUUGCCUUCUGACCUCUGUCGCUCGCUGUUACAAACGUCCCCACUGCGUGCGCAAUCGACGCGAGGGAGCUGCUGAGCUGUCGGCAGCAAAUGUCCUGGAAAGGUUUCAGUGAACAGGAAAAAAAAAGAAAAUUGUAUGUUCCGUGUGUUCAGCCGGUCGGGUGUGGUUAUUGAAAACGAAAAUAAAAACCCACAGAUAAGGUGCUCCGGUGCUGCGAGAGCUAGUGGCUGGUUGGUUGGAUGGCGGUUGCCUUCACGUUCGAUUGUGUUCGAUGCUUUUGCUAUGAUUGCUGUGACCGGUUCGGCACUGUUUGCCCGGUCGUUCCGCAAAAGAAGCACCACGAAACAUGAAACAAAGUGAGUGAAAUUAAAAAGCCAAAGCGUGCCAGCGUGGGCCAGUGUUAAAACAGAAGCAGGAAGGCGAAGAAGAAAAAAACGGGCGGCCCUAAGUGACAUCGAGAAGUGUAGCGCACCAAAAGGGCAAAACAAAGUUUGGCAUUUAUUUGUUUGUACAACAGAUGGUGAGAAGAUGGUGAAAAUCGCAAUCGGAAAACCGGCACGGUUGGUUUUGUUUGCCGGAAAAUAAUAACAUAUUUGUGGAAGUAGCACUUCUGAUGAUAGCAACCGAAAGCUAAACAGUGCUAGCAGUGGUAGUGUUGUGUGUCGUUCAUUGUUUUCGCAAACGGGAAAAAAAACGCAAUCGAAGUGAAACAUAACAAUCAAACAGUCAACGAGAAGUGGAAAAGGUAACAAAAAGUAUAAAAUUAGGAAACGGUAUCGUGCAAUCAACUUUAAUCGAGCAUAAGCAAUAGAUGUGUGUGAGAGUGCAAAGAAAAUAAAUUAAAAAAAGAAAAAACCCCGCACCGAAUGAAGGUUAUCAGAACGGAAGUGCAAAACAACAUAAGCAAAGUGACCAAAGAAAAAAAAAAAUCACUCUAAUUCGUGCUUUCUGAUAAGGAGGAUCUGUGCAAAAUAUUGUGUACGAAUCUCGCUUAUCGGUGGUGAUUAACACGGAGAACAAAUUGUUGAAAAAUUACAUUUAAUUUACGAAUCUGGUGCACCGUGUGUACUAUCAAAAAGUCAUCACCGGCAUCAGUGAUCUUCGGCGGACGCAACGUGCCGUGACUUUGACAAGCCGAUAAUUAAGCGGUUAGCAUCAUCUGGAGGAAUAGGCAGCUGUCCGAUCACAACCAUCUAAGAUGCUGAAGCACGUGCAGAUCUCACCGAUGCGCAGCCGGGCAGAUUCACUGUCGAUGCGUUCGUCCACAUCCUGCGCAUCGUCCCUGUGCGGCAGUCCGGAGCCUCCGGGCGAUCAGCUCCGAAGCCACUCGAGAGCAUCGAGCUAUUCCAGCCUCAACGAAACCAUUCCGCAGACGACAAUCAAAAUCUAUACGGCUUGUUUGCGGCAGGACAUCGAGUACAAAACGCUCGGGAUUUCGUAUGAUGCUACCAGCAAGAGCGUCGUGCAGCAGGUGCUUCGAAGAUGUAAAAUGCGCCAUCGAGAUCCACGCUUGUUCUAUCUCACGAUGGAGGUGACUGUGCGUCGACCGGGUGUGAAGUCAGUGCUAGAGCUAGACGAUGAAGCACGACCAGCGCUGCUGCAGGCCUGCCAUCCCAAAGGUGACUCCAGGUUUUGUCUCCAGCAGAAACCGGGUGGUCUAAUACGGGUACACACGUCAGCGCUACAGCCCAACUCCCAGUACAAGUCGCUACUCAUCUCGGAGGACACCACUUCCGACGAGCUCCUGUCGCUGCUACUCUCCUGCUACAACUCAAUCGAACCGGUGGAGCAGUUCUCGCUGUACGAAGUUUGUCCGGGUCAGGAGUACCAGCGCAAACUGCACCCGGACGAUUUGCCCCUCAAGACCCAGCUACAGCGCCAGCAGAAGGGCGAGAUUAUGCAUUUUCUCGUUCGCCGUAACCCGAACUAUCCGCGUCGCCGGCAGCUGCUGGCCACCAUCGCCGAAUCGAAACACUUCAUCCUCAACUCGUCGCUGGAUUCGGCGAACGGGCCGCACCCGCCGUCCGGCAUUCACCAUCUACACCAGCAGCCACACCAUCAUCACCUUCACCAUCACCAUCGGUUGUCGCUUCACUCGGGCAGUUUCUCACUCGGCCCGGCCGGUACACCCACCAACACCUUCAUCUCGGACAUCGUGGAUGGGUUGAGCUCGCUGAACGAUCUGCCAGCCGAAGCGAAGAGUUUGCGGCUUAAGGAGAGCAAUUCCUUCCGACCAGCAUCGCUCGACGAUUCAGCCACCUCGACCGAUUCCACCGACUCGACCGAAUCGUCCUCCUCAUCCUCCUCCUCCUGCUCGUCCUUUUCCUCCCUUUCGUCGGAUUCUUCGUUCGAGGAACCGGACCAACCGACCGGCGAGCCCGACAUUAGAACGAUCAGCCACCCAGCGCCGCCGGAAGUGAAGUGUAAAAACAGUGCCCAACAUCAGCAACCACCACCACGGCCAGCCAAAUCGUCCACCAUGCUGGCGGCACUGAGCCGACCGCCGCUGCUGCCCGCCUCCACGUUGGCCGCCCCGUCCUACAAUCCCGUGUACAACAUACGCGAAAUUCGUACCGUCAGUCAGUCGUUUUCGGUACUCGGAAUCGAUAAAAAGUUGGCCGAAAUGCGAAACAGCAGUAGCAACAACACCGGCGGCAACACGAACGCCACCGAGAGCAAUACGGCGGCGGCCCGAACGAGCGCCCUGCUGAAGGAGAUGGUCAACACGGACCCGGCAAAGGGUGUCGGUAACUUUGUCUACAUUUAGGCGCACAAGCCUCGGAAGACAAGGGCGCGUUUCGAGCGUGUGCUUUUUUGUUUCCACUUCUCCGGAGUAUGUUUGUAAUGCUGCUAUCAUCCUAGUCUUAGCUGUAAUCGUAAACACAAUGAAGCGUCGUGUGUACAUGACAGCGGCAGAACAAAUGUGUUGGUUGAGGCUUCCCUCCAUUUCGGAACGGAAGCGUUAAAAGUGCAACAGCGCUACGAACGUGUUUUUGAAAGGCCACUUGGAGCAGAAUCGAAACAAUGUACAGAUUACCAGAGGUGUAGAGAUGAAGGAGAAGCCAAAUCCAGAGUCAGGGAAGGUAACACACUGAACGGGGAAACGCACGAGGAGAAAGGUAGAGGCGAAGGGUUGGAGGGAUCGAUGUUGUUGUGCUGCUGCAUGCCAAAGAGUUUUUAAUCAGCCUAGCUACGUAAGGGAAUUGUUUUAAGACACGACAACACACACACAGCGUUACAGCCCACAAAUCAUAUGCACCAUUAGCCAAAGCCGGCAAGAAACGCGAGGCAGAGAGUAGGAAGCCGUCGAGCCGUGGACAAACUAAAUAGAAAUACCAAAUGAAAAUUCUUCUUGCUUUUAAUCGAACCGACACAGGUUACGUCGGUGGAGAGUGUUUAUGAGAGUUCCGUUUCCAUUACUGUCUGCUUGCAUUAUUACUGUCUCUCGUCUCUUUCCACACCACAUGGUACAUCUAGAUGUAAUGGUUAAUGUUUAGCGAAACAUGUAUCCACCGUAUUGGAAUGUAUAAUGUUUUACAGCUGCUGCUAUAUCUACAUCUACGAAAAAAAAUCUCUAUUUGCUAUCAUUCGCUAUUCGAUGUAUUUUAUCACCUAUCACCUAUCUCUUGGAAAGUGUCUAUCAGAUUUUUUUUUAUUAUCUCGUAAGUAAGUUAUCAACAGAAAUAUAAAGUAGAAAUAUCCUCAAACUGAA